CUAGUAUUUAAUGUAUAUCGAUAGAUGGUGAAUUUCCAGCCACAAAUGAACGGGCAUAUUUUCGGCUACCACGAGGUGCCGCCAUAAUUUAAGCUUCACUUUUACUGUCGAGAGGUUAAAGCAGGAGGACAUACUGCGAAUAAAACAGAACCAGUGCCAGUACCGGCAAUCAGCCAGCAUAACUGCUAGCGGAUUUAAUUGGUGCUAUUAAAGGCAACUCCGCGGGACCAUCGACAUCGGGACAACCUAGGAGUAUUACGACCACAGCAGGAGUUUCCGCACAUGGACUGAACGAGCCACCUCUAAUGCUGGAUCUCUUGGAGAGAAUUGCAGCGUUGGAGAAGGAACUGGAAAGGGCAAGAGCCCAGAACUAUGUGAGGACGCCCAUCGAUACCGUAAUACCUAACGGGGUCGGUGCGAGCAGUGCGGCGUCACAGCUGACGCCAUCUUGGAGUGGUCCGUUAUUGUCUGUAAGCUAACGGGGUCGGAGUGAGCAGUACAGCAUGCUCGCAGCCGCCAUCUUAUAGCGGACCACCGCUGCUUGCGAGUAGCAGCUAUUUUACGCCAUUUUGCGCAACCAGCACAGCGCAGACAGCGCAUGGAGUGAUGCCGCCGGCUGUAGGCAUUUACAACGACACGACGCCGACGCCGCUAGCUGGAUCCUACGCCUGGACGACACCAAAUGGAAGCAGUGGAAACUAUAUGCCCCGCAAGCUUCCCGAUCUGCCAGUAUUUGGAGGUCAGCCUGAGGAUUGGCCGAUCUUCCUUUGUGCAUAUACUGAGACAACGCUAGCGUACAACUGUACAGACCUGGAGAACAACCAACGCUUGUUGAAGGCACUGAAGGAUGAAGCCCGCGAGACCGUCAAGUCUCUCCUAUUUCAUCCAAGCAACGUAAGCACUGUUGUGGAGCAGCUGCGUUUCAUAUAUGGCCGACCGGAGCAGCUUAUACGCAGCCAGCUGAGUGGAAUACGAGAGGUGCCCAAUAUUUCGGAGCACAAUCUGGCGAAGAUUAUUCCCUUUGCAACCCGAGGAAGGAACCAAAGCGUCGAUUGCUACAUGCUAGCAUCGACCAAGACCGAGGCGAGCAGCAAGACAGCCGUCUCAGAGGUUGUCAAAUCUGUGGAGGGCAACAUGCAGUUAAAGGCUGCGGAGACUUCAAUGGAGCUUCUCCACCAGACAGGUGGAGGUACGUGAGGAGGCAUC